UGGGUAUUUUUACGACCACAACAAACAGCUCCAAGUGCUCCUCUCUGGCGCUCGCUCUCCGGCCUCACCGUGCUCUCCGCACGUGCGCUGCCUUGGUAUUUUUUUUAGCAGAACAGCUGUUCCGUGACUUUCAGUGUUAUUUGAGUUUAUAUUUCUGUUGCUCGCGUUUGAAAUAGUUCUGAGUCGUGUUCAAAUGGCCAAAGAAAUUGGACAAAGGCGGACACGCUUUUCCCCACCUGCCCCCAGAGAAAUUAGCAUUUCGCAUCCUGCAACAGGCUGUGCCAUCUUCGAAGUCCAGAGCAAAGACAUUGCAUAAGAGGCUUUCAAUUUUUCAUCACAAGUCGAAACUGAAACCGAGAAUCGGAAGUUCGACUUUGUAUCCACACUCCCAGGGAUCCCACGAAAGCAUCGCAAUUGAUUGGGGCCUUCGAUUUCCAAUUCCCGCAGACUUUUGCCAAUUAAGCCGUGAUCUGGCGAAUUGACUUGUCAACCAAAGGCACCACUUGCAAGGUGUAGCCCAAUUUAGCCCACGAAUCCCAUCGUACUGCCCCACAGUAGUCGGAAUCAUCCGAAUCUAAUCGCCGGCAAAGAUCAUAAAUUAAUUCGAAGAGUACGCAACUACGACCCGCGAGCAUGAGCAGGAACCACAAAACCCGCCGCGGAGGAGCUGGUGGCUCUCCGGCGGGGCCAGUCUACGGGGUGAUCUCGACGUUGGACGACGCCGCUCCAAAUCCCGCGGAGUUUGCCAGAUGUGCCUCCGCCGACCAGAAAAAGAGCGAACUAAGCCUGUUUCUCAACUGGGGAAGCCCUCAACAAAAGCACACACAAAUCAUGGGCGCAGCACUGCGCAACCGCAGCUGGGUUGUGGACCUGCUGGCGAUCUUCUUCGGGAUCGGCACUUGGCUGGGCGUGAACGGCACCUUCAUCCAACUGCCGCUCCUGGUGAACGAGGCGCCGGAGGGCUGGAGCCUGCCCUCGUACCUGAGCCUGAUGGUGCAGAUCGGCAACCUGGGACCGCUGCUCUACACGGCCAUCCAGAAGUAUUCCCCCAAGAAGCUGAAUGAUGGCUGGACCAUCCAUGGAGUGCUCUUAGUGGGGGCCCUCUCUUGCCUGCUCACAGCAUUCUUCUACAACCGCACUGCCCCGGUGGGCGGCACAGACCACAGCCUGGCGCUCUUUGUGCUGACCUGCUUUACGGCCCUGAACGCCUGCACCAGCUCCGUGCUCUUUAUGCCCUACAUGGGCCGCUUCAAGGAACAGUACAUGGUCACCUACUUCAUUGGCGAGGGCUUGAGUGGCCUGCUGCCGAGCGUCACAGCCCUGGUCCAGGGCAUCGGCGAGAGUGGGGAGUGCAUCUUGGUGAAUGUGACGGAAUCCGGGGAAGAGAUCUACGAGCUGCAGAAGUCGCCGCCGCGCUUCGACACCCGUGUCUUCUUCCUGAUCCUCUUCGGGCUGAUGGUGCUCAGCUAUGUGGGCUACACUCUCCUGAACGCCCUUCCACUGGCUAGGAGGGAGUACGCCCAGGUGACCGUCAGCGAGGGAAACAAAUAUGUCUACGGGGAGGCGGACCGGGAUGCCAAUCAGCCCGCCCAAGUGGAGAAACUCACCAAGGGCCAGUACACGUACAUGCUGCUCUUGAUGGGCGCCAUUUCUCUGUUCAGCAACGGAAUGUUUGGCAGCAUUCAGUCCUACUCCAGUGCUCCUUACGGAUCCAAAGCCUACCACUUGUCAGCCACGCUCAGUGUGAUCGCCAACCCGGUGGCAUGUUUCAUGGCCAUGUUCCUGCACUUCACAUCGCUGCGACUGAUAACCGUGCUCUCUGUCCUGGCGGGUCUCCUGACCAGCUAUGUCUUCACUACGGCAGCCCUAAGUCCUUUGCCGCCACUCCACGACCAGACAGUCGGGGCCGUGCUAGUGGUUACCGCCUGGACCCUCCUCGUGGGGAUCGUCAGCUACACGAAGCUGGGUAUUACCACGGUGAUGCGGGCCCAGGGCGGCCAGUCCCUGGUCUGGGUAGGCGCUAUCACGCAGCUCGGCUCGGCCAUCGGGUCGGUGUCCAUCUUCUUCGCCAUCAACUACUCGAACCUGUUCCAGGAUGCACCAUCGGGCUGUUGACCUCGGAACAUGGUUUGGGUUCAGCUUAGUGUGAUAUUCCACCUCUAUCGUCAGCUGGCACCUCAACGGGGACUAGCUCUUGGAUUUUGUAUGCCUUUACUGUCCAUUAUCGGUCGCAGAUGACAGCAGUUGAAGCAUUUACCUCUACACGAUUUUAGGACGUUAGGAAUCCUUACUUAGGAGCAGUGACAAAUAACUAUUUUCGAAAUAAAAGACAGGAAAACGCGA